AUGGCAACUGGAGACAAGAGGAAAGACUGCCUGGAGAGAAUUCCCGAGGAAUGGAGGGCAAUAACAGUCAGGCAGCUGCAGGGAGUUCGGAAGGACAUCAUCAGACGCUGCCCUGCGCACAUUGCCAUGGAAGGCUUGAGCCAAAGUCGGUUUCACAACCGAGCCCGGGUCAGCCAGGAGGCUACGGGUGCCAUCGGCGCCUUUGUACCGGCCUCCGACAGCACCGAAAAGGAGGUCCACGUCAAAGUAGAAAAGGGAGUCUUCCAAGAAGGCCACAGCGUUCACAUCUCCGGCAAGGACUGUGGCGUGGUUACGUCCAUCAAGUGGUGUUCGGACAACUGGAACUCCGUCCGAGACUGGCAGACACCCUUAACUCCAGAGGAUGUUACCCUCUACGACUUCAACUACUACAGGCUCUCACCAUCCACCGUGCCGACGGGCAUCCUCACUGUAGGACUGACGGCAUCUGAAUGCAGCAGUGGCGAUGUCUGCCUUCAAGAGGACACCCGUGCAAAAGGCCGCAUCUCCUCCGUUGCAGACGAAGAGGUGAGGAUUUUGGUGGACAGGGGCCAAUUCGAAGUGAGCUAUCCGAUCACCAUCGCUGGCAAAGUGGUGGGUUCUGCAGAUGCCUUGCUCUGGAACGACGAGGUACGGCAUUGCAGCUACGUCGAGCUUCUGACCAAGAAGCCACAGAAGCCCAAGUAUUUCGUAUCCCAUUGGUGGGGGGAGGGCGUCUUGGACUUUGUGGCCUGCUUGGAGCAGCAUGCGACUAUUCAUUCACUGGGCUUGGAUGCGCCAUAUUGGGUUUGUGCUUAUGCCAACGACCAACAUGAGCUUGGGUCGGCUUUGGGCACAGACCCAAAAGCCAGCUCAUUCUUCCGUGCGCUGAUGGGCGAGGAGUGCAGGGGUGUUCUGCUGAUACUCAACCGCCCCAGGCCUGGCAAUAUUCCAGCAGGCGUGCCUUUCACGAGGAUCUGGUGCGUGUUUGAGCAGUUUGUGGCUCUGACUUCCGAGUAUUCUCCCAAGCUGUCAUUGGAUAUCUGCUCUUGGGACGGCAAGGCCGCUCAACUUCUGGUGCAGGGACUCACCGACGCCGAAUCCAAGGAGGAGAACUUUCUGCCAGGGAAGGGCUAUGGCAGAAAGCAGUCGAGAGAGGAGCACUUCCCUCUGGUGAUCUUGAAGCAGGGCCUUCAUGCCGAACUGCAGAAAGCGGAGGCGUCCGUCCCGGCAGAUCGAAAUCGAAUUCUCUCUUUGAUCUCAAAGCAGGAGAGUACAGAAGGAGAACCCCCUCGAGAACAUCCAGAGUACGACCGCGUCAACUGUGCACUGCGGGGCCUUUUCGCCAUCGCUGCGUGGCCUUGUGCAGUGAAAGCCGGACAGGUGAACUCCUUAGGUUUGGCGGAGACCUUGAAGGCCGACAUCAGCCUAAAGAGGCUUGAGAUGGCGUUCACCAACCUGAAGGGCAUGGACGAUGCGACUGCCAUGCUGCUAGGCAAGGCGCUUCCUCCAACCCUGGAGGAGCUCGUCCUGGGCUUUGUGAACACUGGCUUGGGCAACGAGGGAGCUAAGAACCUCGCACUGGCACUGAGUUCUUGCAGCAAUCUUCGCAAGGUGAAGUUGGAUUUCCAAAACACAGCUCUCGGAGACGCGGGCAUCGUGCAACUGUGCAAGUGCUUGGGCUCGUUGCCUGCACUCCGCGAUCUGAGAUUGGGCUUGUCCGAAACGCUGCUGGCUGAUGAAGGCAUCACUGCGAUUGCAGAGAUGUUGAAAUCGUCUGCUGCCUUUCGUCAGUUGGUCAAGCAUGAGAAAGGUUCCACUACCACUUCCACAUCCUUCCAGGAUUGGGAAAUAUCGGCGAACAGGCGUUUGGAGUUCGAUUUCGGAAAGACUCUGUUUCGUGACAAUGGCAUGGCCUUACUUUCCGAUGCGCUUGAGUCCCUUUCGCCCUUGCUGGCUUUGAACGUGAAUGUCUACGAAACUGAGCUCGGCGAUUCUGGCUUACAUCGAAUGGCAAAGGCACUCCAAAGCCAACAGCAGCUUCAAUACCUGAACUUGGUUAUGGCCAACACUCGUGUGAGCGACGAGGGCAUCAAGCAGCUGAUGACAGCGGUCUCCUCUUGGUUAACCAGCCUCGAGACCUUUAUGUUGAACCUCCGAGGCUGCACCAACAUCCUUGGCCCCGGCAUCGCGAGCUAUGCAGAUGCCCUCCGGUCGUUGAGAAGCCUGCGAAGCAUGAAGCUGAACCUUCGAAAUUGCUCGCAGCUGCAGAUGCUUGCUUUCAUGAACAGAGUCCUUGUCACGGAUUGGAACCCUCUGACCGUCUACAUCUGGAAUCAGCCGUAUCUGCGCUUCGCUGGUCAGAAGUAUGACGAGACCCUGUCGGACCGGAGUGAGUUCGUUCACCUUGUCAACAACUCGAUCAUCAAGCACAUGGAUGGCUUCCAGGAGAAAAACGAGGACUGUUUGGCUUUAAAAAAGCUGUUUUGA